UUCUAUAUGUACAUCGAACUACCCAAUACAACCAUUACCAAUUUAUGCAGCCAUCACUAUGCUGGUUAGCUUAGCGCAGUGGCUACCUAGAGAUCGAUGGGAGCGUACCAGCCACCGGAUCCCAGUGGCAAGAAGCCGUCGAGCACCAAUCCUGGCUAUUUCUUGUCCAAGCCCGUCUGCACUUGGCUUGCCUGCGGCUUCCUCUCCUUGGCUCUCUUCCACCUCCUCUGCUGCUCUCCCGCCAGCACUCAACAGGCGGUGUUCUCUCAUCUGCUCCAGUACAUCAACAAUACUUACUCCUUCGUCGCUUCAGUGCCGGAAGGAGGGAAGAGCUGCAACUAUUCGGAGGGGAAGUGGGUGUGGGCGCCGGGCCACGCGCGGCGGUACAACGCCACGGAGUGCAACGUGAAGGAGAGCCAUGACUGCAUUCGCAACGGGCGGCCCGAUACGGGCUACCUCGACUGGCGGUGGCAGCCGGAGGGGUGCCCCCUGCCGGCGUUCGACGCCAGGGCGUUCCUCUCGGCUGUGCGCGGCAAGCAUGUGGCCUUGAUCGGCGACUCGAUGGCGCGGAACCAGGCCCAGUCCCUCGCCUGCCUCCUCAGCGCCGCGUUCCCGUACCGCCUCGUGUACCGGGACCCCUACCCGCACCAGAACAACUUCUGGCGCUUGGCGUUCCCGACGCACGACGUGACGCUAUCCUUUUACUGGAGCCCGUUCCUCGUCAGGGCCACGGGAAAGCCGGUGAACGACAGCAUCCGCUACAACUAUGUGCACCUUGACGAGCCCGGCGACCGGUGGGGGGCCGACGCCGACACGAUUGACGUGGUGGUGCUCGCCGCCGGUCACUGGCUGUUAAACGGGGCCGUCUACUACAACGGCAGCGAGGUGAUCGGCGCCCAUAACGCCCCGGAGCUCAACCACACUGGUGUCGGCUACGCGUGGCCGCUCCGGACGGUGUACCGGACGGCGGUGAAGCGGGUGAGCUCCGGCGCCCAGCCACGAACCGUGGUGCUAGUCACCUUCUCACCAGCUCACUUCGAAGGCAACCGGGUGGACAGCCCCACGGCGUGCACGAAAAUGGAGCCGUACAAGGAGGGGGAGAAGGAGAUGCCAUGGAUCUUUAAGGAGGUGAGGGGCAUCGUUCACGAUGAGGCGAGGGCCGCGAAGGCGGCGAAUGGUGACGGCGGCGCGGUGAGGAUCGAGGUGCUGGACGUGACGAAGCUGGCGGCCAUGCGGCCUGACGGGCACCCCGGCGUGUACAUGAACCGUGACCCUUUCGCGCACGGCGUGCAGGACAAGAUGCUGUCCGACUGCCUCCACUUCUGCCUGCCCGGGCCGGUCGACACCUUCAACGAGAUACUUCUGCAGCUCCUGAGGAAGAGACGGUGAAAUCAGUGAGUGCGUGCCUCGGUGUGGCAUGCUGCACGACUCGUAGAGCGUCGGUUCUUGUGGCACGCUUUGCCUUGCAGGUCGUGGUCGUGGAUGCAGCCUUAAAAAAUACAACUCCGCAUGUUCUUAUGAAGUGUAGUUUAUUUUAGCUUUUUAUUUCUUUUAUUUAAGACUUAUUUUUUUACCUACCUUAU